GCCUCUGGCUUUAUAAAACCCUUUUGUACACUUGCGUUUAGAAAUUAAGGGCAAAGAAAGGCAGCUGGGAUAUAGCUAAAGAUAAGAGUCACAAACAUCAAACAUGGCCUCUGGGAAGCAAAAGAAGGCUGCUCGAUAUGACAAGCUCCGUGACGUUACCAACUCUACUGGUAUGAAUAAAACUUCAAUCAUUGUAGAUGCAUCUAAAUAUAUAGAAGAGUUGAAGGAAAAAGUGGAAAGGCUGAACCAAGAGGUAGGAACUUCUCAGGCAUCUGCAACUUCCCAAAAUCAAUUACCUAUGCAGGUUACAGUGGAAACCCUAGAAAAGGGUUUCCUUAUUAAUGUUUUGUCAGAGAAGAAUUGCCCUGGUUUACUUGUUUCCAUACUGGAAGCCUUCGAAGAAGUGGGCCUUGAUGUGCUUGAUGCUAGGGUUUCAUGCGAAGAUAAUUUUCAACUGGAAGCAGUAGGAGGAGAAUACCAAGGGGAUGCUGAUAGCUUAGAUGCUCAAGUGGUGAAACAGGCAGUGGUGCAGGCUAUCAACAACUGGCGAGAAAAUAAUGACCAAGAUUGACCCAAAUUUUACCUUUUUGAGACAAUGAGAAAUGGAAUUUUAUAUCUCUAUAUUUGACUCCAUGAAAAUGUUUAUGGCGUCACUUAAGCAGCCAUCAAUCUAUAUGCAUAUUGUGAGCAUAUAUUAGAGGUGUCAAUUUUGACCCAUUUAUCUAUCUACACAUCCUCUCUUUUAAUU